GACUAACGUGUACUUUAUGCAAGCUGACACCGGCUUAUUAGAGCGUAGAUACGUUGAAGUCUUGGCGAAUACGACCUCAUUUGUUUCUUUUCGGUCUAGUUUCCCUCCAGCAGUAGGAGCGCUGUCUGAACACAGCCUACUUCCUCAGGUGACAGGCUGAGCCUACCACCCCCUCCCCUCAGAGAUGCUUCAGUCUGAGGUUGACAGCACAACGCAGGACCAGCAACUGCCUCUGCGGCUGUUUUAGAGAACAGAUCAACACAGUAAACUUAACCUAAACGUCCUCUCUUUCUUCAAAUAGAUCAUCUAGUCAUUCUGUCGCGUUUCGCUCAUUUUAAGCCCAUUUACCAAAGAGCAAAGACGGCGACGGACGGAGCUAACGUUAGUUAAAACUCCACUAAAAGCCGGCUUUUUUUUUAACCCACUCCUGUAUCAACUCUCAGUCGGAUGCGAUGACAGACACGGCAGUGGACAGCAAAGUGGAGGUCAAGCAGGCCACUAAAUAUGUCAAAGAGACGGAAAACGUCGCGGAGAAAUACUCCGCAUUGACCGUCAGCAAGAACAGCAGCGAUGUGAACAUGAAUGUUGGAGAGAUGCCCUCUGCUGCAUUUACCGCAGUCCCGACUCUGAAGUCCGUAAAGAAGAUUCAAUUUGCGAAUGCUGAGGACAAGCAGGAAUUCAGCAAGUAUCCCACCAAGGCAGGUCGCCGCUCCCUAUCCCGCUCCAUCUCACAGUCCUCCACAGACAGCUACAGCUCAGCUGCAUCGUACACCGACAGCUCAGAUGAUGAAACCUCACCCCGGGACAAAGCCCAGGUCAACAGCCAUGGCAGCACCGACUUCUGCGUGAAGAACAUAAAACAGGCAGAAUUUGGCCGACGCGAAAUUGAAAUAGCAGAGCAAGACAUGUCUGCCCUGAUCUCUCUGAGGAAGAGAGCCCAGGGGGAGAAGCCGCUGGCUGGUGCGAAGAUAGUGGGCUGUACCCACAUUACUGCUCAGACAGCCGUUCUGAUUGAAACUCUGGUGGCCCUCGGGGCCCAGUGCCGCUGGACCGCUUGUAACAUCUACUCUACUCAAAACGAGGUGGCCGCUGCUCUUGCUGAAACUGGUGUGCCUGUUUUUGCAUGGAAAGGUGAAUCAGAGGAUGACUUCUGGUGGUGCAUCGAUCGCUGUGUCAACAACGACGGCUGGCAGGCCAAUAUGAUCUUGGAUGAUGGUGGAGAUUUAACUCACUGGGUUUACAAGAAAUAUCCCAGCGUUUUCAAAAAAGUCAGAGGAAUUGUGGAGGAGAGCGUCACUGGUGUUCACAGAUUGUACCAGUUAUCGAAGGCAGGAAAACUGUGUGUCCCUGCAAUGAAUGUGAACGACUCGGUUACAAAGCAGAAGUUCGACAACCUCUACUGCUGCAGAGAAUCUAUUCUGGAUGGCCUGAAGAGAACUACUGACAUAAUGUUUGGAGGCAAACAAGUGGUUGUGUGUGGUUAUGGUGAGGUGGGAAAAGGCUGCUGCACUGCUCUUAAAGCUCUCGGCGCCAUUGUGUGCAUCACAGAGAUUGACCCCAUCUGUGCCCUGCAGGCAUGUAUGGAUGGAUUUCGGGUGGUCAAGCUGAGUGAGGUCAUCCGGCAGAUGGACGUGGUGAUAACUUGCACUGGCAACAAGAAUGUUGUUUCCAGAGAACAUCUUGACCGAAUGAAGAAUGGCUGCAUUGUCUGCAAUAUGGGACAUUCCAAUACAGAGAUCGAUGUGGCCAGUCUACGCAGUCCUGAGCUGACCUGGGAGAGGGUUCGCUCUCAGGUCGACCACAUCAUCUGGCCAGAUGGAAAAAGGGUUAUUGUGCUGGCAGAGGGUCGUCUUUUAAAUCUGAGCUGUUCUACAGUGCCUACAUUUGUGUUGUCCAUCACUGCUACUACUCAGGCUCUGGCCUUGAUUGAGCUGUACAACGCUCCAGAAGGACGUUACAAACAAGAUGUUUAUCUCCUGCCCAAGAAAAUGGAUGAAUAUGUGGCCAGUCUGCACCUGCCUAACUUUGACGCCCAUCUGACCGAGCUGUCUGACGAGCAGGCUAAGUACAUGGGGCUGAACAAGAACGGCCCCUUCAAGCCAAAUUAUUACAGGUACUAGAAAUGAUAUCUGCUACUCAGCAAAACGUCCUGAGACAAACAGAGAUAUCUAUUUUAUUUUAUAAACUACUGCAAAAUGGAGGAAUUAUUUUACCUAUGCUGAAUGUAACUUAUUAAUAGCACUUCAAAAGUAGAAUUAAAUAUUACAGGAAAAGUUAUAUAGAGAAUCUAUAAUAUAUAAUCAACUAACAUGAAUCUGUUCUGUGUUCAGAGAGCAUCCUACUUGCAUGCGUUGAUGUUUCUGUGUAUUAAGUUGUUACUGAUUUUUUUUCCCCAAUGACAAAGCUGUUGAUUUGUUUGUUUACUAUAUUUAUGCACAGUGCCAAAUAAUGGCCGUUCUGUUUUGUUGUCAGUGGCAAUUGAAUAAAAAACUAUGGGCACAUUCAUUAACCAGAGUUUAGGCUGAGCUGAAGUAGACUCUGUAUUACUAUGCGUAAUAUUUUAGUUUUAUUUGCAUAAAGGCAUUUUUGGAAUUAUGUGAUCACAUAAGCUCUAAAAGGUAACAUUCACUCGUUCUUGAAACAUAAAAAAUGCAUUCAUAUAGAUUUUUCUUUUAGAUUUUGUCAUAUUACAACCAUAAACUUCAAUGUAUUUAUUGGGAUUUUCUGACAGAACAUUACAAGGUAGCCAAAGAAGACGAUACAACUUAUUAUUCAUGUACACUGAUUAAAAAGUUUGGGUUGCAUGAAAUGGAUUUCCUUUCCCUACAGAUAGUGCUAACAGUGUUUUAUUUUCUGUCUCUACCACCUUUCCCUUUGCACAAUUAGAGACAAAUCACCAUUUUACAAGAUGGGAAUAGUCUGUAAUAUUCCUUGUCAAAGUGUAAAAGUGUUUGAUAAAAUAGUUUUUAUGUUUUUCCUCAUCUGACCAGAACACCUUCUUUAGCACAUUUGCUAAAUAGUGUGACUUGUUGCAAAUAGAAAGCAGUACUGUACUUCUUUCCAUAAUGACUUUGUUCCCGUUGCACAUACUACUUUAAAAAAUCUAGGUCCUUCAAAUGUUCUUAAAAUAAGUGCAUUUUUUCUUGAAUUGAUCAGGUAAGUGAGGCAAUUUGCUAAUAGAAUAAGACAAUUUACACUUAAAACAGGGAAAAAAACACUUGCAGUCUCUUAUUUUAGGUACUUGCAUUUUGAUGGUAAAAACACUCAUUCCAUUGGCAGAUAAUUUUAUUUAUCUGCUCAAAUUAAUGGUAAACAUACUUUUUUAAAAUCAAUUUUUAAUAAAUCCUUUUUGCAGUGAGUAAAGAUGACGCUUGUAGAGUGCACAACAAAUGAUGCAGUUGUCCAUAGGUUAUAUUGUUGUUCUCCACAGCUCCUCAGGAGUAAUCACAACCCUUAUGGCUGCACCUCUAAACAAUGAUGUCUUUACAAGCCUGCUAGUUUAGGAGGCAGCUAUAACUAAUGUCUGAAAGGGAGCCAUUUAAAACAAAAUUACUUAUAUGUUUCCUCUAAAUCCAUUUGCACUGUAUUGGUAUUUUUUAUUAGUAUAAGAGUAAAAGGGGAAAAUAUAAAUGCUUGCCACACUCUUCAGAUCCUGGUUUCCAUUUAUAUCUUUUCUCACUUUUCACAAAUAUGCAACUUUGUGUUUGUCAGUCAAAUACAAUAACUGAAGUUUUUGGUUGUAGCAUAACAAAAGAUGAAAAAAAUGUAAAAGUUUAGAAAAAUUUUUUUCAAGGCACUGCUAACCAGCACUAGAAACUAAGAAGAACUAAUAUAUAUAAUAUAAUAUGUAUAUAACUUAUAUAUACAACUUAACUUGUUAGAACAUCAUGAGGCGUUAAAUAUUACAAGCUUUACAUAAUACUGAAGGAGAUUUUGAAAAAUCCUGAGAAGUAGAGCUGUAAGGGUCACUUCAAUAAAUAAAAACAUCCCAUAUUUAUUUCCAAGUUUCCAUUUGCUCCCUGACAUUCCACUCCUGAUCUCUGUCACUGUAGAGCCUUUUGCCUGGGUGAUGCCUUUUAAGGCCAUGGUAUGAAUGUGCCUUUUCGAUUAGUUACAGCUCUGUAUUUAAAGAGGUUGGGACACUGUUUUAAAUAGAAAUAUCUGGGAAGCACCCAAUAUUCCACUGUUUUUAGAAAUAAAAUAUGUUGAUCUUUCUGGUAGGAAUUGUUCUUUUUAUUGCAACAGGUUACGAAAAAGACUGAAAUAUCUCUCUGUGAGAUUAUUGGUAGGAAAGAAACUUCUUAAGCAAUAAGUUGAACAGGUAAAUUUCGUUGCUAGGAAGAUUUUGAGACCAAGAGAUAAAAUCAGAUUAGAGCUACAAGAAUACAAGGAAUUGAUUAUUUCAGCAAAAAAUACCUACACAGUAAUACCUUCGGGUCCCUAUAGCCCUGAUCUUUCACUGUGAUCAGUUUUGUCACCACUUGAUGACUCUAAGUAACAUUUUAUGUGUUUAAAUUACUUUUAUUUCCUCCAAGCAUAUUGUAAGUAUGAUUUAAAAUUAGACGGAACAUAUAUUAGUUUCAACAACUGCAUUAUGUGGUUUAGUUAAGACGGUCCAAAAGUGUCCAAACUUGUUUUGAAACAGGCUUUAUAUAUCAACCAUCAGCAUUGACUUUAGUUUAACAAUCAUUCCUUUUUGUUUUUGACAACAAAUAUUUAAACAGGAUGUCUUCCUUCUUCUGCUUCUGGUAGUAAUUGUACCCCAAC